CGUCGUUGUUUUCUUGACCCCGCCCCUUAUCCUCGGUUGUGUCCACGAAGAUGGCGGCUGCGGAAGAGCUGACUUUGCUGGAGAAGUUACUGGGCUUGAGGAGAGGGAACAAGUAUAGCGCUCAAGGAGACCGCCAGAUUCCAGUCCUUCAGACAAACAAUGGGCCAAGUUUAACAGGUUUGGCUACUAUUGCAGCUCAUUUGGUCAAACAAGCCAACAAAGAGCAUCUGCUGGGAAGCACAGCAGAAGAGAAGGCAGUUGUUCAGCAGUGGUUAGAAUACAGAGUAACUCGCAUUGAUGGACACUCCAGUAAGGAAGAUAUCCGAACUAUGUUGAAGGAUCUUAACUCAUAUCUUGAAGAUAAAGUUUAUCUUACUGGUAAUAAUUUUACUUUAGCAGAUAUUUUAUUGUACUAUGGACUUCAUCGUUUCAUAGUUGACCUUACAUUUCAAGAAAAGGAGAAAUAUCUGAAUGUGUCUCGCUGGUUUUCUCAUAUUCAGCAUUAUCCAGGCAUCAGACAACAUCUAUCUAAUGUUGUUUUUAUCAAGAACAGACUUUAUACUAAUACUCAUUAAAAGAUCAUCAAGAUUUCCAUGCCAUACAGAAGAGUAAUUGAAAAUUGUUUAAAAGAAAUGGGCUUUUGGACUUCGUAACUAACUUAAAUAGAUAACCAGUCCUUUGCAGACUAGAAGAACUUUUGAUAAUGUGUCAAAGUAGGUUUAAUGUUUCAUUUGUUCUUUAGAGUUUAAUUUGCAAUUUUUUUAAAUAAAAAUGCAACUGUAGUUUUAAAAAAAUCAAAUCAAAAUCAAGUUCUAAAUUGCCUUGUUUUAAUGUUUUUGACAAAGUUGAAAUCAGUGACUGUCUUAAUGUAAAAAAAAAAUCUACAGUUCUUCUGUUUAGCUAUUUAUUGACUUCUGUACUAUAUUUUAAAUUUCAAUUUUUCAUCUAUGAAUGUUUACAUUAGUUUUUUUACUAUAAAACUUUAAUAAAUUGUGCCAAGGAGACAGAAAGGGAAGAGAGAUUUAUUUGUUUGUAAAUAUUUAUGUGAUCCAGUAAAUAUGGUUGAAAAAA